AUGAGUGAAGAAAAUAUAAUACCAAGAGUGCAUUUAUCAGAGAUUGAAUUAUCAAACUCAUUUAUAAAAGAUACUCUUGAAGAGAAAAAUCCUGAAUGGUUAGAAUCAAAUGAAUAUGGCGAUCCAAUAAUGAAAUCAGUUGAAGGUCUAAUUGAAAGCGAAGAAAUAACCAUCGCAAGAAAUGGGAUAAUUGCAGCAGUAACAAAUGAUUUCAUUACGAUUUCAGUUAGUCCUAAAAAUACAUUUCAAUUAAAAAAUUCAGUGAAUGUUGCAAUAAGAAUUCUAGAAUCAAUAGGAGAUCAUGAUGCAAUUGAUUGCAUACUUUCAAAGGUAUCAAAAGAUUUGAUAUCUCAUAAUAAAGUCAUGGUUUCACCUGCUCAUAUUGUACAUGCUUUCUGUACAAUUAAAGGUAAAGUAUCAAUUGUAAGUGGCUUUGUAGAAAAAGCAAACUCAUACAUUGCAAUUAACAAAGAAUCAAAUUUAUUUUAUGCAUUAAUUCAUUCUUUUGUUUUCGGAAAUGAAUACAUAAUAUCAGAUGGAGAUGUACACAAAUAUCAAACAUAUGAAGAAACAACAAUGAUCAACUCAUUACUCAUUAGAUACUCAAUUUUCUAUGAUAGUGAUGUUAAAGAUAACAGACCAAUGCGAAUAG